AUGGAGAUCGAGGACAAGAAUAAGCUUCUGGAGAGUCACGAGAAGUCCGGCGACUGCGAUCCGAGGAAGAAAAUGAAGUCGGCGUGCCCCGUGCGGCGCUGCAAAGAGGUUCUGACGUUCUCCAACACUGCGACGUGCAAGACUUGUCGAGUUAAAAUCUGCUUGAAGUAUAGGUUUUCGGCCGAUCACGCCUGCAACCAGCUGAGAUCGUCAUCAGCAUCUUCUAACAAGCUUUUGGCUGCGAUGACGGGGAAAGAUUGCGAGAACAAGACUUCUAUUUGCAGUUCGCAGCUUAGUGUUAAAGCCUAUUGA